AUGAGCUGUUUGCCCAACAGGGCCUUUGUUCUGGUCUGUGCUUCAGCAAAAACUGGAAAAACCUGUUCUCAUUUUCCUUUUUUUUUUUUUGUUUUUGAUCUUCCUCUCCCAUUGGCAGUUGCAGCUUGUACACAUGCAGAAGAGGUGGUGCCUGCCUUUCAUGUGGAGAGCUGCCUUACAAAAACUGAGGUUGCUUUUUCCAUUAUCCCAGAGCUUUUUUUUCAUUUCAUGAAGGCUUUGGUAGAUGCUCCAGGAGUUAAACUCUGUUCUCUAUGAAAUGUGUUUAGGUCAUCAUUUUAUUUUUCUUCAAUCAAAGGCAGGGUGUUUGAGUGUGGCUCCAGUCCAGCCUUUUAAAUAAUAUUUUGUAGACACUGGGACAUCUGCAGAAAUCAGUCUUGUUGUGCAAUGUAGCUUUUUGGAUGCAGAAGCUUGUCUGCUUUACAGCAGCUGCAGACAGUGUAGUGUUAACAUCUGUAAGACAGGACAAACACUGAGGCAGCAAGUUAGUGCAAAAAGUAGACAAGUUGAGAAGAAACUUCUUUCCUUGUCCUUUUCCUCUUGCUUUGUGCUGCUGUUGGAACAAGAAUGGGUCAACUGUGUGGAAGAUGCAUGCAGCUGCUGCGAGACUUCGUGGCUUUUGUUCAGAAGAUGUCCUCCGACUUGGUACACAGCAUGAAGGAAUGCUUAACUCUGAUAAGCAAAUGCUCCUGCUUAAACCAAAACAGCUCUAAAGCCAGACAGUUGUACAAGCCCAUCCUGCAGCCUCAUGAGAGGGUGACAGCACAGGAAUUUCUGCAGCAUAUUGAAACAGGCUUUGAAAUGUCACCACUUGGAAAGGACUCUGUGGAAGCCUUGAGGACCUUAGCCUUUUCAGAAAACCCAGGUUUACAGCAGUCUGCUGCCCUCUAUUACUUGCAUAUGAGUCAGCACAUGAAUGUCCCCCUGCCUGUGGAGCAUCUGGAACCCUUCUAUGCCUUACUACGAUCUGCUGACCUGGAGGUGCAGCAGAUGUCUUCCUUGUCCCUUGUCAACUUCUUGCUUGAAGGAAAUAAGUCCAACCGAGAGGCUAUUGGCGCUGCUCGAGGAGUUACACCCCUACUGUCUCUUGCCAAUUCCUACGAUCCUAGAGUCCAACAAAAUGCAGUUGGUGCUAUUUUCAACCUCACACAAUCAGAGAAAAUCCAACAAGUCCUAUGCAAGGAAGGAGCCCUACCAGUUCUUGCCUUGCUGCUGGAAUCUCCUGACUCAGAAGUGCAGUAUUACAGCUGUGCUGCCCUAAGCAAUGUGGCAGCCAAUGCUCAGCACCAUGAAGCCAUGCUGACACCUGGCAAUAGAUUCCUGUUGCGGACACUCAUCUCUCUCCUAUCCUCUUCUGUGGACAAGGUUUCAAGCCAGGCAUGUGUUUGCCUAAGAAAUUUGGCUACCAGUGUGGACAUCCAGGCCGAGAUGGUUGCUGAGGAUGUCCUGCCCAAGUUGUGCUCUCUCCUGGCAUCUGGCAGCGAGGACGUGCGUCAUGCCUCCAUUGCUCUGCUCUGGAUCCUGUCCCAGCACCCGCACAACCAGGACAUUCUGGCGUGUGCCAAGCUACUACAGAGCCUGGGGAUGCUGUUGUCAGUGCAUAAAACAGACCCUGUGAUUGUUGGCCAUGCUGCUUGUAUCAUCAAAAACCUGAGCCUUUCCAAAAACAGAGAGAGGAUCAUUGAGAGCCCGUGUGUUGAAGGUCUUCUCCAGACCAUGCUUUCUACUGACGUUCAAGAAGACUCUCUUCAUUAUGUGACAUCUUGCCUUGCUGAGUUGGCAAAGCAAGAAGGAGCCACAUUACACAUGGUCCAAUGGAUGGAUGAACCCUUGACAAAGUGCUUGGUGAGACUGGCUGGCCAACUGGAACAUACUGAGCCAUCCUUUCAAGCUGCCUCCAUCAUCCAGCAUGUUAUAGGUCACGAAAAAAUUAUGCUUUUGGUGAAGCGUCACAUCGGAGAGGUCCAGGCCUACCUCAAGAAUUUUCUUACCCACCGAGAGGUCCGCUUUCAGCAGCUGGGCAUCUCUACAUUCUGCAGACUGCAAGAAGAUCCAGAAUUUUCGUUAGCAUUCAGAAAAAGCCAAACGGCCAAACUCCUUGAGCAAAUCCGUCAACAAACAGAGGAAACUCAAGAGCUCCUUAGGGCAGCUAUUUACCACAAAGACAGUUAAUAUUUAAGCCGGAUGGCUUAUGAAAACUUCCCAGAUCCAAGAGCCUGAACUUUCAGAGAAGACAAUUCUUUUCAUUAGUUCCUGUAGUUAAAGUAACUUCAGUUUCAUCAUACGAAAGAGAUGUUCCGAUCAGAAGAAUCGGAGCAGGUCAAAAGACAAUCCCUUGGACGCUUUGGCUGGCUGCUUAGGUGUGCUUGACGACUAUGGCUACGUUCCUUCCAGUGGUUUGGAAAACACCUGUUAUGCUUGGGUAAUCUUCCAUGGUUUGUUUUUGGUUUCCUCACCCCGCCUCCAAAAGCCCAGCGCUGUAGUCAUGAGGUUUUAUUCACGUAACAGACUGAUUCUAUUGCAGAGGCAUCUCUGAAGUACGCAGGUUCCUCUGCAUUCAGCUUUAUUUUAUUUCUGUUCCAUGUCCCUUAUUUCAGAGCACAAUCCAGGGACUUGACUUUAGAAAAUAAUUGAAUUAACACAUAGUAUAAAGAUAGCACACUACUAACAGGUUACUACACAAUGUAACUGCUGAGGGACAACUCAAAAACUGUAAGAAACAAGAACAGGACAAGCCUUAAGACUGAUCCUUGUGUACACUGUAGGCACUGCUCUCCAUCAGAAGAGCAAAGGCACUUUGAGGCAGGUAAACGUUGCACAGAGCACGUUCAGAAUAUAGCCGCGACCAUGAAAGAUUUGGUAAGAGGUGUUUGAAUACAGAAAUUUCUUCUGCAAAUGGGAAGUUAUUUCCAAAGGUACUUGCAACAGCGAAGAAGUGAACAAAUCUGGCAAAAUUAGGAAUUGAUCUUAUGUUUUGAUAUUGGUAUUUCGUUUUAAAAGGAGCUAACAAAAAAAAAAGCUGCAAUAUGUUUAAAUUCAGCUAAUUUUCUUAUGUGUAUACCGGAUACUGAACAACCUCCCCCUCCCUCUCCUCCAGAGGGAAUCUGUCUCUCAGACCUUUUAGCCAAUCAAACCAGUAUUUUUUAGGAAAAAAAAAAGUAGCACAGAUCCUUGAAAUUACAGGGCACUAGUUUUUUAAUGUAGGUUUUAAUUUGUAAGAGAAUUAAUAAUCAUCAUCUAUUACUAAUCCAAUUCUACCUUUGAUCAAUACACGUGUUUUUAAAUACAAGAAUGUGGCUGGAGAUCAUGUUGAACUGGGUGGAAUAUUGAGAUUUUGGAACCGCUCCUCUGGCAAACAUCUGCUCCCAGAUAGCACGGUUUCUUAUGAAAACAUUUCACAAGAGUUUCCUGUCUUUUGAGGUACUUCUGACCAAGGUAUAACUCUGACGUGUGUAGAGCUUUAGCGCUGCUACUGGCCUCAAAUGUGGAAUAAAAGUGAUAUUCAAAUAAAUAAAUAAAAAAACAUUCUGUCAACUAAGAGCUCAACGUUAAAUUUUACUGUGGCCCAAAUCUCUAAGCUUACAUGCUUGGGGGAGGCAUUUCUGUUCGUGAUGCUUUUUAAUAACUGCGAGUUGUCUCCAAUAGUAAUAUUUAAAAAACAAAACAAAACAAACCCAACCAAAACCACACUCAAAAGUGUCUCUAUAGCGCAG